UGUAUUAUUCUCUCUUCCUGUCUAGGUGCUAGAUACCAUGCCCUGUUGAUUCCUAACUGUCCUGGGGCUUUGACUGACCUUGCAAACAAUGGAUACCUAGCUAGGAUAUUGCAGCACUUCAGCAAUGAGAACAAGCCUAUUUGUGCUGUGGGACAUGGAGUUGCUGCUUUAUGCUGUGCCACAAAUGAGGAUAAAUCGUGGGUAUUUCAGGGAUACAGCCUGACAGGGCCCUCUGUGUAUGAGCUGAUAAGGCAGCCCAGUUUUGCCAGUUUGUCCAUUAUUGUGGAGGACUUUGUGAAAGAUUCUGGAGCUACCUUUAGCGGUACGUCACUUUCUGAUUGUUAGCCCUUCAUGUCUUAU